AAACGUCGGCGAUCGCUGAGGAACAUUCGUAGUUUAGUUUUGAACGAGUGGUGCAAUGGAUGUGGAAAGUGUUGGUUGUUUAUGGGGGUUGUACUCUAGUUGGGUGACAACAUGUUUAAUGGGGUUGCUCACCCUUGUUAUAUUGGUGUAUUAUUAUUGGUGGAAGUUACCCCACCCCCGGUACCCACCUGGAGUGAGGGGAAUACCCGUGAUGGGGGCUACCCCAUUCUUCGGAAAAUACCCCCAAGAAACUUUAGCAAGAUGGUCACGUGAUAAAUAUGGUCCGAUCAUGUCGGCUCGGUUCGGUCAAGACGAAGCUGUUGUGUUGAACGAUUUUGAAACGAUGCAUGAGGCAUUCGUGAAAAACCUUCAAUAUUUCAACUCACGACCAACGUUUCAAAUAGUGGAGCAGUACACAAACGGGUAUGGCUUCGGUUUCGCUGACGGGCAUAAAAAGUUUUUGGAAGUCAGAACAUUUAGCCAGUCCGCUCUACGGGGGCUUGGCAUUGGAAAGCGAACGAUGGAAGCACGAGUGUCUGAAGUUGCUCAAGAUCUCGUCAGAACUUUGGAAGAUUUGGAUCAAAAAGCAACCGAUGUUAAGAUGGUGAUUGGAACCGUAGUGGCAAACGUCAUCAGUAGUGUAGCUUUCGGGAAAACUUACGAUCCAGGCGACGCCGAGUUUGAACACCUUGUGCAAUGCAGCUUUAACUGCUAUGGCGACCCCGAUAACUCCGAACACGUCAAUUUUCUGAUCUUCUACCCAGCAAUGAGACACAUACAACCUUUCAAACGAUCGCUGGAGAAGUUCUAUGUCGUGCAGAAUGGAAUAUUAGAUUUUUGUCGCAAAGAGAUUUUGGAACACAAAAAGAACCUUGAUGAGAACGAACCCGGGGAUUACAUUGAUGCUUUUCUUGUGGAGAUGAAGAAACAUUCACCUCAAGAUUCAUGGUUUCAUGAGAAGCAGCUUCAACAUGCGGUGGUCGAUUUGUUUAUUGCUGGGACGGAGACGAGCACAAACACAAUACUAUGGGCGUUGUUGGCGUUGAUCCAUUACCCGGAAACACAAGAGAAACUUUACCAAGAGCUGCUUGAGAACAUUGGUGAGCAAGUCCUACCAAGCAUCGACCAGCGAGACAAACUUCCAUUAUUCCGCGCUUUUAUCCAAGAGAUCUUCAGGUUCAAGACGCUUGUCCCCCUGUCUGUCACUCACAGAGCUAGUGAUGACGUAGAGAUCGGUGGUUACGUCAUACCGAAGGGGACAAAGGUAUUCCCGAACAUCCACGCCGUUCACCACGAUCCAAAUAUCUGGAAGAAUCCGAGCGAGUUUAACAUUUAUCGUCACAUCGAUAAAGACGGGAAGUUCAUUCCUUCCAAGAAAGUGAUCCCGUUUGGAAUCGGAUGCAGAUCGUGUCUUGGUGAAAAGUUGGCGAGGAUUGAGAUCUUCCUCUUCCUUGCCAACAUCAUCAAGAGGUUCAAGGUCCUCCCUGAUCCUAAGAGCCAAGAUCUUCCCGAAUUCAAAGAUGGCGUCAACAGUAUCAUAUAUGUCCCAUAUAGGUACAAAGUUGUCGCUAAACCGAGGAUCGUCAACGAAUAAUAACGUUACGUUGAUGGCGUCACGCUGAUGGCGUCAUGCAUACCUAUAUCCCCACAUUAUAACAUUACGCCGCUUAACCUUAUAAUCAUGGGUGUUGCAUUAUAAUCAUGCGAAUACAAUCUAUUGACAUCAAACUA